UUAUUUUGUUCCUGCAGAUUUCUAUUUUUUGGGGGUUUUUAUUUCGAACCCCACGCAAUGGCCCGACAGAAUAUAUAUAUCCUGAGUUGCGUGGUUUUGGUGCUUGCGUAUUUUUUCGCCAUUAGAGUCGGGUUCAGCAUCAAGUGCUACGAAUGCAAUUCAUUCACUGAUCCAAGAUGUGCAGAUCCGUUUGACAACAGAUCUUUUCCGCAGACGGAUUGUAAACAUAAAAGAAUGGACCAUCUGGGGGACAAAGAGCCCGAGAGCUGUCGAAAAACUCGUCAGAAAGUGGACGGCCAAUGGCGAUUCAUUCGUUCGUGCGCCUUCGUCGACAAUCCCGGACUCGACGGCGACGAGCGCUACUGUCGCAUCCUCGAGGGCACGUUCAACAUCCACGUUGAACACUGCGAAUGCAAGGGAAAAGAGGGCUGCAACGCUGCACAUUCCUUAUCACCUUCACCCACUGUGAACCUCAUUCCAUUCAUCUGGGCAGGACUUUUCUGUGCAGCUGCUUUGCCUGCGAUUCGACACCGGUUCAGCGAUGGAAUUCGGAAGGAGGAGGAGGAAGUUCGAUUUUUUCCGUGCCUGCUGGUUGGGGGGAGCAAAGGUGCUGAGUGUGAGUUCAGUGGGUCGCGUGAGAUGUCGGGAGAGCGCGGCGUGGUGCCCGAAAACGCGAACCUUUACGUGAAGUUGAACGUGAGUGGAGCAUUGCAUUACACGACUAUUGGGACGCUAACGAAACGCGGUGGAUGGUUGAGAGACAUCUUUUCUGGUCGUUCCGAGGUCCUCACGGACUCCGACGGAUGGAUACUUAUCAACCGGAGUGGGAAACAUUUUGGCACCAUCUUGAAUUUCCUGAGGGACGAUUCGGUGGAGCUUCCUAGUUCAAGAGAGGAUAUCGAGGAACUCUGCGGUGAGGCGAAGUUCUACGAAAUCCCCGAGAUCGUUCAUGCUUGCGAAGCCGCUUUGCAGAAAUUUGAGAAGAAUGCGUGGAAAAGCAAAGGAGUUUUGCCCAUUUGCACAGUGUCCCUCAUCACUACGUCCGAGGAAGCUCAGGCCCUGAUUUCGUCGACAACCAAGCCCGUGGUGAAGCUGUUGGUGAACCGACACAACAACAAGUACUCGUACACGAGCAACUCUGACGACAACCUGCUGAAGAACAUUGAGUUGUUCGACAAAUUGUGCAGGCGGUUUUUUGGGCGGAUAGUGUUCAUCAAGGACGUCAUGGGCACCAAUGAAAUCUGCUGCUGGACGUUUUACGGACGAGGUCGGAAAUUCGCCGAAGUCAGCUGCACGUCCAUCGUGUAUGCCACGGACAAGAAGCACACGAAGGUACGGUGCACGGGCGUCAGAUGCUGCACAAAUACUUACACGCGCCCU